GCCAAAAAAGGGGCAAGCCCAACGCGCCUCCCCCUCGGAUUUCCUCCCCCGCCCACUGGCGGCGGCGGAGGGGCUCGGCGCCGGCAUGGAAAGUUGGGGGGCGAGGGGCAUGCGGAUUAAUUUACCCCUUUGACAAGUUUAUGGCGCUGCCAUCUCUCUGCUUGCUGUACUCUUCGUUUCUGAGAGGAAAAAGUGGAAUAAGAGAUUAGAGGAAAAUGCCGCGGACAAAGCAGAUACAUCCAAGAAAUCUGAGAGACAAAAUUGAAGAAGCACAGAAACAACUUAAUGGAACAGAAGACCAACAGAGAGAAAUCACAGAUGCUAGUACUAGAGGAAACCCAGAUACAAUUAAGGGUGUGAAAAGAAAAAAGAUUGUGACUGAAAACCAUCUAAAAAAAAUACCAAAAUCGCCUUUGAGAAACCCCACAGAAUCCAAGGUUAAACAAAAUGUAGACCUUCCACCACUAAAAGUUCUUCCGGAUGCCUCAGAACAUGCCACGGCACAGGACCACGUACCUGUGCAAAAUGGAAGUCAAUGUACCAAACAAAACGGGGGAGCGCUUAGUAGUGAGAUAAGUGCUGAAACAACCAAAUCUGAGAUACCGAUGCAGACAAAGCCUUCAUUGACACAUCAGUCCCUAGACUUGAGUAAACAGGCAGUAGAGGAUUCUGAUGCGAGCCAGUUGAGCUCACCAGAGAAGUCUCUCUCCAACUCCUUACCAAGUAAAACAAAGACUGACAGUAAUGAAUGUAUUACUUUUGUUGAUGGUAGUACGUCAUCCCCAUGUACACGUACUGCAUUCGAUGUCUUGUUAAAAGCUAUGGAGCCUGAACUGAACAUCUUAGCACAAGAGUGCCCCCAUUAUGGGGUGCAGAUAGAGAAACUGAGACCAAAUAAAAUUGUAAGCACCUCUCCUAGUCUCACGUCCAAUACAAUGAGCGUCCAAAACCAGUCUGCUUUGUCUCAGCAUGAGUUUACAGCUGGACCUCACUAUUUCCCAUGUACGUUGAACAACGUGCAUGUAGCAACAGCUGCCAAGAGUGGACAAACACAGGUCCAGUCGGUUUCUCGUUCACAAGACCUUGUUACUGAAACCAGCCAUCAAAAUCACCAGGUUGUUAUGUGUCCAAAUUUCACAGGUUCCGUGGUGCAACAGCAGAGUCAAGAAAAUGCCAAGCUCCAGCAGACAUACAGCAUAGCAGUAACUUCCUCUGGUGUUCACACCUCAUCUUCCACUGUAACUCAGGUUUUUUCUCAAAAUCAGUUAGUAGCUAGUUCAUCUUCACCUUUGUCAGUUAACACACCUAAUUCAACACACUUGUCUAUAGGUCCCAUGUAUAAUUCAGCCCAGAUAGCAUCAGUUGUAAACCAUGGCGUAGAACAAAUAUGUAACCUCUUGAAAGACCAGAAACCUAAAAAGCUGGGGAAGUACGUCUGUGAGUAUUGCAAUCGGGCCUGUGCCAAGCCCAGUGUUCUCCAAAAGCACAUCCGAUCCCAUACUGGAGAGCGACCGUAUCCUUGCAUUACAUGUGGGUUUUCAUUUAAAACUAAAAGUAAUUUGUACAAGCACAAAAAAUCCCAUGCACAUGCUGUCAAACUUGGACUUGUCCUACAGCCAGAUGCUGGUGGUCUCUUCUUAUCUCAUGACUCAGACAAAGCACUUAGCAUUCAUUCAGAUGUGGAAGAAAGUGGUGAAAGUGAAGAUGAAGGCACUGCUGAUGAAAGACAAGAUGAUCAAGAACUGGAACCUGCACAAAUAGUGAAAGUCAUUUCAAGUGCAGAAGCUGUAUGGAAGGGAAGCCCUGUUCCACUAAGUAACCCAGAUUGUAUCCCAAGUGAUUCUUCAUUACACAAUACAGAACCACAAGUAAGGGCAGCUUUACCAAAAGUAGUGGUUCAUGCUGUAAAUGUUUCUCCGUUAAGGGCCGAUAGCCCCAAAGUAACAGAUCUAGCACCUGAGCUUGCUGCAGCACAGAGAAAAGGAGAUUUUAAAGUGACAAAUCUUCAGUCAAAUUUAACACAUAAGGACUCAUUAAAAGAAAAUGACAUAAAACAAAAUCAGAAAACAGAACUGGGCCUAUUAGAGGAGCAGCUGGGAUCUGCAGUAGGAGUUGUGCACGCUCAGCUUCAGAGACAACAGGCAACCGAUUGUUCCCAGGAGCAGCAAGGAAAAUGCCUUCUGAGCCCUAGAAGUUUAGGUAGUACUGAUUCUGGUUAUUUUUCUCGUUCUGAAAGUGCUGAUCAAACAAUGAGCCCACCAGCUCCUUUCGUAAGAGGAUUAUUGCCCUCUGAAAAAGAUUCAAAUAAAAAUUUGCCCUGUGUACCAAGAGCAAGUGGAAUGGUAGCAUCAGUGGUACAAACAGUUUGUACCGAGAAAAAUUUGAUUCUCUCUGGCCAAAUGCGACCUCCCAUGGCAACAAAAACCCUCGAGGAGCGUAUCUCAAAGUUAAUUUCUGAUAAUGAAGCUGUUGUGGAUGACAAACAGUUAGAUAGCGUGAAACCAAGAAGAACAUCUCUUUCGAGAAGAGGAAGCAUAGAUUCACCAAAAUCCUACAUAUUUAAGGAUUCUUUCCAGUUUGAUUUAAAGCCUAUGGGAAGAAGAACUAGUUCAAGCUCUGAUAUACCAAAGUCUCCUUUCACACCCACUGAGAAAUCAAAGCAAGUUUUUCUUCUCUCUGUACCAUCCCUUGACUGUUUGCCUAUAACACGAAGUAAUUCCAUGCCUACUACCAGUUAUUCAGCAGUACCUCCAAAUGUAAUACCUCCCUCUCAUCCACUUAGAGGAAGUCAGUCAUUUGAUGAUAAAAUCGGUUCUUUAUACGAUGAUGUUUUUGUAUCAGGACCUGCUGCUCCACUGAACCAAGGUGGACAUCCUCGGACCCUUGUUAGACAGGCAGCAAUAGAAGAUUCUUCUACUGGUGAAAGCCAAGUUCUUGGAUCAGUGCGACCUGCAGAAGAAAGUUAUCUGGGUUGUAAUUUAUCAAAUGAAUCUUCAUUGCUAAGGAACAAGUUCCUGGCACAGGGAUCAAAUUUAGAAAAAACUAAGAAGUCCCCUCAGGUGCGAGGAACAAUGUUUGAGUGUGAAACCUGCAGAAACAGGUAUAGGAAACUGGAAAACUUUGAAAACCACAAGAAAUUUUACUGUUCAGAGUUGCAUGGACCUAAAACUAAAGCUGCAAUCCGAGAGCCUGAACAUAAAACUGUUCCAAAUAGUACACAACCUCAAAUUCUGCACUACAGAGUCACUACUUCAACUGGCGUCUGGGAACAGACUCCACAAAUAAGGAAAAGAAGGAAAAUGAAAAGUGUUGGAGAUGAUGAUGACCCACAACAAAACGACACAAGCACACCAUCAAAGAAUGCGGAAUGCCAAAGUAAGCCAGCAAUUUCUUCCAGUCAGUCAAAACUCAGUGCGUCAGUAGUAGGUUUGCAACAGCCAAGCAACCUUCUACUUCGAAGUUCACAAAUUCAGCUUGUGGCUCGAGGCACAGAUCUGACAACAGAGCCAAAGAUGUCUCCGCUCAUUGAAAAGCAGACAAGUUCAGUUAUGCAAGAAAAGGUGGAGUUGAAAAGACAAGGGACUGGUAUUUCAGUAAUACAGCAUACCAAUUCACUGAGCAGAAAUAGCUCAUUUGAGAAAUCGGAGUCAUUUGAAAGAUUAUCACCAGUUUCAUCUCAAGAGCCCAACAAGGUUGCAAAACACCGCUCUUUGAAUGCAGUUGCAGUCCAAGAGGAUAGACGCUAUCGUCUGAAUACUUCCCAGCAUCAUCAGUCACUGUCAUUAGAAGCACCUAGAGGGGAAGUGCAGGGAAGCCAAGUAGUUUCUAAUGAGAAGAACACACCACUUCAGACAUCAAGACUCGUUCGCCAGCAUAACAUCCAGGUUCCUGAAAUACUGGUCACAGAAGAACCAGACAGGGGACAAGAAAACCAGUGCAGCGAUCAGGAAAAGACAGAAAGAUUUAAUUGGCCACAGCGCAGUGAAACACUGUCAAAAUUGCCAACAGAAAAACUUCCACCGAAGAAGAAAAGAAUUCGCUUGGCCGAAAUGGAGCACUCAUCUGCUGAAUCGAGCAUUGACUCCACUCUUUCCAGAAGUCUAAGUCAAGGGAGUAGUUUGUCUCAUGCCUCCAGUUUCUCGGUGUCUCUUGAGAAGGAUGAGAUUUCAAAGGUGGACAAUCCUUCUAAAGCAGAACUUAUUAGUAAGUCGUCAGAAUUCCUUAUGAUUCCCACUGGCUCUCAUGUGCUGGGCAUGCCUGGCCCGCAUUACAGGGAAAUGAGGCGUGCUGCAUCAGAGCAGAUCAGCUGCAUGCAGCCCUCGAUGGAGGUUGUAGACUACAGGAGUAAGUCUUUUGACUGUGGAAGCAUAUCUCCAUCGAAACCUGCCUCACUCGUAGAGAUAGCUGCUCCAAAACUGUCAUCUGGAAAUGGAGUUACUGGACACGUGCCUCUGCUAGAAAGAAGGAGGGGACCAUUUGUAAGACAAAUAUCUUUAAAUAUUGCUCCAGAAAAUCAUCCAGUUAAAUUGACUUCUUUGUUUCAGACAGUUCAUACUACGGAUGUGCCAUUUCACAGGCUGCAGACCUCCAGCAAAUCCUCAGUGGAGUUUCCUUUAAGUACUCAGCAUUCUCAAACUCACUCCAGGCCUCACUCAGCAAUUCAAAAUUCUAAUCCCAUUAACCUGUCUUCAGUUCAGCAGCCUCUAGAUCAUGUUUUGAAUAAUCAAAGACAGCAAUCUUCAAUGCAUCAGCCUUCCCAGACUUCUACUAAAACAUCAACCCGAGGGGAACAAGUGAAUUCAUACACACUUUCUUGUCACCCUGAUGAACAAAAGGAUUGUUUUGCUCCGAAGUAUCAACUCCAAGUUAAAACAUUACAUAUAGGUCAGCCAUACUCUUCUAAAUUGCUAAAAAAUAGUCUAUCAAGUCAGACUGUCCCAAGUCAAGCUGGAGUGGACCAGAAUGCGUCCUCCUUUGAGCUGCAGGCUAAACUGUCUGACAAUAUGUCUAAUCCUUAUUCUGUGCCUCCUCUAAAACAAAUUGUCCCUAAUAACUGCAGCAGUCAGAUACAUCAGAUUCCUCCUUUUGUAGUUCCUGUCCGUAUUUACAGUGGCAUCCCAUCCUAUGGCUUUGCAACCGUUACACCCCUUCCUCAAAUUUUAGUGACUCAGGAUCAGGUAAACCAAUCUGUUUGUAAAACAAAUGCUGUGAGAGUGCCAACGCUUGAAGGCAAAACUCAGCUGCCAAAAUCUCACAAAGAUCAGAGGACUUUGCCAAAUUCAUUUGAGUUUGAAAAUUCAAUACCAGAAAGUGGAACCAGAAAUUCACCUUUGUCAAGCUCUUUGAAUAUUAUUCAGAAAGUGCCAGUUAGUGGACUCUUCCCUCAACAAGAAGCUACACCUUCAAGUAAACGAAUGCUUUCCCCAGCCAACAGUUUAGAUAUUGCCAUGGAAAAACAGCAAAAACGUGUUAAAGAUGAGAGUGGAGCUGCUUGCAUGACCGAUGCCAGACCAUUACAUUCACUGAGCGUUCGAUCUAAUGACCUGGCUUAUAAGCAAAAGAAGCCAAUCUUGGUGAGACAGGUUUGCACCACAGAGCCUCUUGAAAAUCACCUCCUAGAUCCUGAUGGUGUUGCACAGAAUGAAAAAAGCAGCAAAGCUAGUAUUUCAGACAUGCUGUUGCCUGACUGUCAUUCAUCUGAAACUGGGGUUUCAGAAACCCUGAGGGAGUCACCAGAAUCUGAAGACAUGAAGUCUUCAGCAUCACCAGCGUUUGCAGUUGGAAAACCAUCUGAACUGUCUCCAGUGAGUAAUCAGAAUUCUCUUUUAAAGGCUGUAGGCAACAGUCAAGAAAGAAGAUCCCCAAGUAGUAGUCAUGAGAGCAAGCAAAUCAAUAGCCAGAGUCAAGCAAAGCCUCUAACCAUGCUGGCUGCGGUGAAUACAGGAGAAAUGCAGAGGUUGUCAUUUCCAAGCCUCAAGACCUCGACGAGCUUUACCUGGUGUUUUCUCCUGAAGAGGAAACCGUUACAUCUGCUGCAAAAUGAUCAGAAAAUUUCAGCCUACUCCACAUGGACCAUUAGUCCCAACAAUCCUAAUCCACUUGGUUUGUCAACAAAGGUAGUUCUUUCUCUCCUCAACUCAAAACAGAAAGUUGAAAAACCGCUAUACACUCAAGCAAGAACUACUCAUCCCAGGUCUGAUCUACUGGUCUAUUCAAGCAAGUGGAAGAACAGCUUAACGAAGCGAGCAUUAAAUAGAAAAAAAAUGACUGCAUCUGAAUUCAGCAAUAAGGAAAACUCUGAAUCAAGUACUGAGCAUGAUAAAGAAAAUUCCUUUAACAAAACUGAACCAAGAAGAGUGAAAAUAUUUGAUGGAGGGUACAAGUCAAAUGAAGACUAUGUGUAUGUUCGGGGGAGAGGAAGAGGGAAAUACAUCUGUGAGGAAUGUGGAAUACGUUGCAAGAAGCCCAGUAUGCUGAAGAAGCAUAUUCGCACACAUACAGAUGUCCGUCCUUACCAUUGCAAUUACUGCAACUUCUCCUUCAAAACUAAAGGAAAUCUGACAAAACAUAUGAAGUCAAAAGCACAUAGCAAGAAAUGCAUGGAUUUGGGAGUCUCAGUAGGCUUAAUAGAUGACCAAGAUGGAGAAGAAGAAUUUGGUGAGAAACAAAGAUUUGGCUGUGACCGGUCAGGGUUUGAUGCAGAGGAGUCUGAUGGUGCAGAUGAAGAUGAAAAUGAUAAUGAAGAUGAUGAUGAAGACAGCCAAGCCGAGUCAGUCCUAUCCACAACCCCCUCAGUGACAGCCAGCCCCCAGCAUCACCCCUCUCGACACAGCCUGCAAGAUGCCACAAGUGCUGAUGAAGAUACCAGACUGCCAGACUGCUUUGCUGGGGUUCACACAGACUCAAUGGAUAGUCUACCGAAAGCACUGCUGACGAAGAUGACUGUCCUUAGCACGGUGCAGUCAAUUAGCAGGACCUCCAGGUCGCCAGCAGAGUUCUCCCACCAGGAAGCACAUGAGGGUAAAGCCCAGGAGAGAGGAGCAGGUCCCCACAAUGCUAGUGCUGUGCUGGCAGAUGUUGCUCCUACAUCUCCAGGUCACCAGAUGUCUGUGGAUUACCCUGAUCCAGAAGCAGCUAUGGGCCACUCCUUAAUAUCAACUGCAGUUCUUACAAAGAGCACGCCCUCCACCAGCUCCCCCUCAUCACCCACAGACCGGGGCGUGCGUACCACAGUGGCAUCGCCCUGCACUGAAAUCCCAGAAGAGAAGCCGCCCAGGUGCCCGCCACGUGCUGCCGAGUUGAGGGCUCCCCAGACCCACCUCUUCAGCCACCUCCCGCUGCAUUCGCAGCAGCAAGCCAAGGCGCCCUACAGCAUGGUACCGGUAGGGGGGCUUCAGGUGGUCCCCGCCGGCCUGGCCACCUACUCCACCUUCGUGCCAAUUCAGGCAGGGCCAGUACAGCUCACCAUUCCCGCUGUCAGUGUAAUCCACAGAACUACAAGCGCCCUUGGCGAGGCGGGUUGCGCUACUUCUAGCACUGCCACGAAUCCCGUCGGGGUUGCUGAAGUGAACAGUGUCGUGCCAUGUAUUCCCAUCGGACAGAUCAACGUGCCAGGCAUCCAGGGUCUCAGCACGCCCAGCUUGCAGCCUCUUCCACCCCUCAGCAUGGAGAAGGUGAAUGUCUUAGGCCUGACAAAUACGAACAUAGCCCCCCAGAUGCGCCCUCCAGGAAUUACUCUGAAUGCUGUGGGCCUCCAGGUUUUGGCCGCCAGCGCUUCCCCGCAGGGCAACCCCAGCCCUCAGGCACACAUCCCGGGCUUGCAGAUACUGAACAUCGCCUUGCCUGCCCUCAUCCCCUCCGUCAGUCCGGUCAGCGCAGAUGGGCAGGGAGCCUCUGAAACACCAGCCACAGGCAGCAAAGCCGGUGACGUUCCGCAAGAGCCAGCUCCUGCCAGCUUCCCCACCAUCAGCCAGGUGGCCAGGGCUGCUUCUCCUCAGGUGGUCCCCAGUGGCCAGUGGUACAGCGGGAAGAGCCUUGCAGAGCCUGCCUCUGCGAGUGACUACGAAAGACUCAACAGGCCAGGGAAAGCAGAUGCUGAAAAGACUGACCUCGCAAACCAUGUCAAGCCAAAGUGCAACAUCUCUUCGGUUCAGGUCAAAAGGGCUUCCCCGGCAGAGCCCUGCUUAAAGGUGAAUUCUGACGUUUUGAGCAAGUCCCCGGUCCAUCAAACUGUCUCUCCGGAUAGACAGGUGUUUUGAAGACAUCAGGUCAAGAGAUGGAAGCAAUAUCUUGAAGAAUAGGAAUGACAAGACAACGGAUAUGUCAUAAUGAGGAAAGUUAUGAUGUGUGUCAUUUGUGUUUCAGAGCAAGAGCUCACACACCUAAUGCUGAUUAAUUCUGCUGGACUAGGUAAGUGGCUCCCCUGUGGAUAUCCUGUUCUCCUGUGAAUCAUCGUUCCUCCUGGAUAUGUCCUCCACCUCAGAUCAAAGACCCAGGAUGUAUUAGGUAUGAAGACAUGAGACAGCGCAAACAGAUUAGCAAAGAUACACACAAAGAAAUGCAUCCCAGCUUCUCUCUCGUGUGCCCCUGAAAACUGGCAUGGUCAACGCAAUACUAAGCCCUUGUUAUACAAGAAACAGUAGAAAGGAAAAAAAAAGAGACACUUCUGAAGUUUAGUUUACUCAGAGUUUUCUACAAAUUACCUUUUCUAAGUAUUUGCAGUUUUGUACUUAGUUCUUCCUCACACUUGGAAACUCUUUAGGCUAGAUCCCCAUCUGAUGGAGAAUGACAUCUGCAAGCUGCAGCAGAGCAGCACUACCAGCAUCAGCAGAGGACUUGGUACUACUACCCAUUUAAGUAUUGAGCCUUGCCAACAAACUCACAAAUUAAAGGAACAUGAAAGCAUGUGGUCUGUUUGUUUCAAGUUUAUGCAGUCUGUUGUGUUCUUGAUGGUUUUAUUCUUUUUUUUUUAAGCUAUGCAAACAACUGAAAAAAAUCUAUACCAGUGAAAUGCCAAAACUUAAGGUUGUGUGGUCAAACUAGAUUAUUUUAAUAGUCUCUUCUACCUUCAUAAUCUUUGAACACAAUUUUGAGCUGAUAAGUCAGUUAAAGUCUCUAUUUCAGCAGUGUGUUUUACCUAGAAGAUUGCACAAAUAAUUAUUCUUUUAAAAUUUUGAACCUCAUUUUUUUAAUUGAAUUUUGACCUCCCCUUUUAAUGGGUGCCUUUUAAUCCUUAUCUUUAAGACUAAGAGUCGUGCUUGAUUUAAGAUGGCAGACAAUGUGUUUGGAUAGUGAGAGAGACUGGUUUUGUGGGAGCAUUUGGACUAUGUACUGUGUUUUUCUAAGAAGUUGUUCUUCCUGUUAGUGGAAAUAGCUGUAAUGAAGGACCAAAGGGCUGUCAUUUUUCUGUCAUUAAGUUCAUAUAAAAGGGUGAUAAAAUGUGCUGCUCUUACAUCUUCAAGUGGAUUGUGUCAGUCUUUUACUCCGAUAAUCAAUUGUAAUUAGCAGUGCACUGAAAAUGACUGAAAACAUCAUUUUCCACCACUGGAGAGAAAAAGUGGGGUUAUUCAAUCUGGAAGGUGGUUUGUAGGCGCCAAUUAGGCGUGCCAGAGCAUACGCUUGAACCUUCACUGUGGACAUAGUAUAUCACACCCAAAUUCCUCCCUGUCAUUUCAUCCAGGACAGUGGUGAACAAGAUAAGGGCUGCUAGGUUUUUAAUGGGUGCUAUCCAGUUCCUUAAAGCAGUUCCAGCUCCAACUUCACCCUAUUAGGAUGCACACUUACUGAGUUAAUUUUGUGUUUAAUGUUUGUGACAACUGACAGCCUCACACUGGAGGAAUGACAAGACAGUAAAGCUGUCUGCAUGAUGAUGGUGACAAACGUGGAAAAAUCAAGCUAAAGCCAACUUUGCCCGUGUCCCUGUUGAAUAUCUUGUGACUUUCUGGUACCAACAAAAAAGGGAGCCAUCUGGGAUGGGCUUGGACUUUAAUGAUUUGGAAGAUGAGGGAGAAUACUUUUAAAAUAACUCGUUUUCUGGCCAAAACAAGAUAAAACCUGGUCUCAGCAGUGGUCAGGAGCAGUCGUCUUCUGCCUGCGGGAUGGCCGGGAUUCCACACAUGGAUUUUUAAGGAUGUAGCACGGACAAUAUCUGAGAACAGAAUGUUUCUAUUUCUGACACAAUGGGGGGUUGCUGUUAAUGACAUGGGAAUGUGAUUUAUUUUUUUUUUUAACCUGGCAUUGCUCCUUCAAGCAAAUUAAUGUCUGAUACAUUUGCAUUUGUACGUGUCAUUAACCCAGAUGUCUACUGCAGGACCUAAAGCUUGUGUCUGCUGGCAAGACUAAAUCCUACUAAUGCACUUUUCCUAACACACUGUGGGAAUUUGGAGUCUCUCCAUUUGAAGCCGACUUUGUAUUUUGACUAAUUGCUUCUGGUAACAGUUAAUAGCAUUCUGUGAAGGUACUUCAUCUGCUGACAGCAGAUUGAUGUAAGGACACAGUUCACAUUUCAAAGGGAACAUCAGGAAACCCAUUACCAACUUCAUUAAUCUGUUAAUAAUAAAAUUAAAGUACAAAUAAAAUGUGACAAAUUGGGUUCUGUUGUGAAAGUCACUUUAACAGGAGGCUCUGAAUAAAGGUCAAAACAAACUCUGAUUUCUGCUGUUUUUUAAUAGUAGAAUCAGAGGAGAGCAUUGUAGAAACACUGUAAUUAAUCUGGCGAUACUAUAGUUGUCCCCAAAUGAUACAGAAAGAUUUUGAAGAGUGAUUUUUUUUUUCUCCUUGAGAACGUUUACAAAACCUGGAUCAUAAAUCUUUGUCACACAACAUUUAAGUGCUAAUCCAAUUACACAGGAAGCUUUCAACAACAUAGGUACGGGAGAUAGGCAGACUUUCCCUGCCUAUGCAUUUCCAGCUGUUAAUUCAGUUGAAUCUCAAGUUUAUCCAGCACGGGCAAAAAAAGAGAAGACUCCGUGUGCAAAUCUCCUGGCAGCAGUCACAGAAGUGAGCCUGACAGCAGAAAAAAGCUUCAUCAAAGAGUCAAGAGACCAGAUCAGACAUUCCUUUUCUUGCAAGAAUAGCGUUGGCUUGCCAGCGGCCCUUGUGACAAAUGAAAACAGUGUAAAACUGUGCACAAUCAGCUCACUGUCUGUCACUCUUUUAAGGAUAACUCCCAAGCCUGUCAGGGCCCUGCACAUCUCUAACAUCAGCCUUCCUAGCCACUUCCUAGUUUAGCACAACAUCUUAGCCUAGCCUUGGCACCUGAGUAAUCCUGCUAGGAUCUUCAGCUCAUACGGCAAAACAAAACUGCUAAGAACAAGAACAAGGUGUUAAUGGGUUCUGUAGGAAAACCUCCAAUUCAUCUACACUCCUGCUCGCUACAGCUGAGCAAUUGCACCACAAGCAAUCAGUUGCAGAGCAUAAUUUGGGGAUGCAGCUGCAAGGAGUGGAGGGCUUCCUGCAGCCUGGCAGAGCGCAGUCUGCUGGGAGCACCUGAACUGAAGGCAUGCUUAUUAGGGAGCCCAGCUAGGCAAACAAAUACAUAAACGUGUUAACGUGAGGUAUUUGAAGGGAAUGGCUCAUUAAGUCAGGCAGGGUGGCUGUAUGGAAAACUAAUAGCUCUAUUUUAAAAAUCAGCAGGCUGCCCUUUUGAUUUAUGCAAGUCAGAAUGAGCCUGUAUAGUCUUCCUCUCCUCUGGUUAUUUGAGGAUAAUUUCGGACCUCAUGGAGAGAAGAUUUCCAGCGUGAGAAGCACCAUGUGGAGUUAGUCAUGUCAGCAAAGAGGCUAGGGGAGGAGGGAGGACAUGCUUGUCUCCUGGUCUCAGAGAGAAGUUUGCAGCUAAACAUGGGAUGUGUGAACAGAGUGGAGAAGAAUUACCUGGUGUUGAUGGGCUGGGGGCCUGGGAAAGGCAAGAAGCCCAGAGCAAAUGCCCAUCAGUGCAAAAACACCGAUAGCUGGAAAUCAGAGCUAAACUGGGCUUAGAGGCCAGGAAAUGAGUGGGUUGUGUGAUGGGCAGUUAAGCACCAAAGCAGAGUACGGGAGGGAGCCAAAAAGCAGCCUGCUCUGGACAGAGUUACCUUCCAUUAGCACAGAGCUGUCGGAGGAAGGGGCAGGACAGGCUCACACAAACAUGCAGAUUUUUCACUACAACAUAUAGUGAGAAUCCUCGUGCUCAGGAGCACCAACCUGACUCUAGCUGCUUGCUUUAUGCUCAGUUUCACAUAUAAUAUUUAUUGGCCAUCAGCGUCAAGUUAGCUCUCUAAUCCAUAUUCUGGAGAUUGGAGCACUGGAAGUGCUGCUAUCCAUUCCGCUUAGUUUGGAUUCAUGAAGAGCCAAAGUUGUCUGUGCCUAGAGGAAGAUUUUGGGCAAAGUGACAAAAGGCAGAUUUCAUCUGCAGCUGCUUUGGGAGCUGGCAGUUGCCUGAUUUGAAUUUUGUUAGUUGAGGACUCUGCUGCCUUCCACCUGUGCAGUCAGAGCUCACAGAGCACUGCUCCUACUAACAGAGAGGUUAUUCCCUACCUCCUCCUGUUCCCAUUGCCUCUUGCUGUUCCUUUUCCUACUCUUCUGGAAGGGGUCUCUCUCAUACAGAGUUUAAUUCUUUAAAAUCAGGGGUCUUUUUACCAAAUUUUAACCAAAAAUCUCUCUCAGAAAGUUAUCUCUGACCAUGCAAAGACCCCCAGGAACGUAUCCUAGGCAUCUUAGAGCAAAGCUUUUUUGCUAUAGCGUUUGUGAGAGUUAGUUCAUCAGAUACAGAGCCAAGCUGUUUUCUGGGGCACAUGCUGCAGGGCCCUUCCCACUGAGGAGGUGGGGUGGCAGGGCCACCAGGACCAAAGCGGCCCCAAUGCCAGCAGCACAGCAUGACAAGAAACCUGGGGUCUGACGCAGAUCAGCCCCUGUCUCACAGGGCAUCCUCUCUAUGUAAUUCAAUUGCCCUGUACUUCCCUUUCUUACAUGUCAUAGUGGACUAGCUCCUUCAUUUCAGGUUUUGAUACCCAUGGAAGAUUUCUACCUCUGUUGGUAAUGGUUGGUAAGUGAACUCACAGCUGCUCAGGAUAUUUCCAAUGGUUAUAAGAACUGAGAAGACCAUCUGCAAGGUUGUUUGCUACCUACCGGGUUGCUGGGUCGUCGUCACAGUCUUCCCCUGCUAGAUCAGCUGUAUCUCAAGGAGGUGAGCUUCAUACUGCUGUUGCCUAGGCAGGUGAUCCUGCAGCUGCCUGUCAUAAAGGUGAUGGUGCCUCUGGCUUUUCUUCUGUUCCUUUCUGUACAGUACAUUCCUCUCAUAAUUGCUUUCUCUUUCUUCUCCUGGUUGUUGGGGUGCCUCUACUCUCUUGAACAGAUCUGCCAAAACUUCUAUAACACACAGGAUGAGCUGUAACCAACCCAAAAGAAAAAUGUCACCUAUUUCUUUAAUGGGUUCAUUGCCACCUUCUUUCUCUUCUGCUUUGGACUGCAAAUGUUGACCAAAAGGGAUUUUUAAUUCAGGUUUCUGUAUCCUAUCACCCUCUAAAAUACAUUUCUCUAUAAAGUUAAAAUAUGCCAGUGAAAAUCUCUGCUUCUGUGUUCAAAUCCUCAUUGUUUAUGACCAACAGCACUGAACUUCAUUUUUUGUUCUUUCUCAGACAGUGAAUAGCAGAGCACAUGUGCCAUUCUGCAUGGAGGAUUGGGAUUAGUACAAACAAAGCAGAAAAAACAUUAUUUCAUUUUGGAAAAUUAGGAAUCGGAAUGUCUAUUCAAAACGUUAAUUGCUUUUUUUUUUUUAAGCAGCGGCAGUGUCUCAGCACUGUGCCCACAAUGCACUUACAAUGUCCCUCUGCCUCUCAACAGUUGAUCCACUCAAAGCCAAACACCUCCUGCUCUACAGAUUUUUCUUUCAACUGUAACAGGGAGCAGCAAGGUGAGCACAGCACCAGGGCCAGGGGGUCAGGGCCUGGCCAAUGGACAAGGGACACAGUCUCGCAGCCACAAGCAGGAAGAGCAGGGCCGUAACUAGGGGCAGCCCAGAGUCCAGAUCUCCAGGCAAGCCCACAGUGGCCAGGCAGGUCCAAGCCAAGUCAUUAGCCCAUGGGUCAGGGUCUGGAUCACUGUGGUCAGUGGCCAGGCAGGAGCACAGCUAUGACCAGUGCAGAUGGGGCUAUGCACCAGAGCCUCAGCUGAAGAUCACUGAUCAAGAUAGGCACCUACAUAUGUACCUGGUGUGUGCCAGGCUCAUCUAUCAAAACCAUCACAUAUAGCCUAAAUGGCUGCUGUCUCCUUCAAAAGGCUCUUUUCAGCUCCCUGGGGUUUCUCACAGUAAACCCAAAUAGUAGGAAACUGAAAAGAAAGAAGAUUUUAGCAACAAAAUAGUAACCUGGCUAAGGAAGAGUAGAGGGAAGUAAAGGACAUCUGUUGAUAGUUUGGAAAACCAAGCUCUUAUCAGAAGUCUUUAGAAAAGUCUAAAUGAGGGUGGGUUUUUUGUGGUUUUGUUUGUUUGUUUGUGUUUUUUUUUUGUUUUGUUUUGUUUUGUUUUUUCCCAGGAGGUGCUUAAGAGGAGACUUGCUCACUCUGCAAAUAAAUUAGAUGAACGUUUCUAAGGGGAAAGGGCCCUUUCAUCUGGCAAAGAGCAAAGAAGCAAAAUGAAGAAGUUGGAAGCUUGUUGGAGAUGUGUGUUGCUACAAAGAUAGAAGGCAAAUGAAGAAAGCAGUCUGGAAAACCCCAGAGGAGAUGUUACAGACGUACCCAUAGGCAGGGGAGAAGCCAGCUCCCAUUUGCUCAGGACAGACCAGCUGAAGCCACCAGAGAAAGAAGGGGCAGAUUGUUGUCACGCUGGUAAUUAAUUCUUAUUUUCAUUGCAAGGGAUAUUUGCCAUUUCCUUCUGUUUUCUUCCUUCUGUUUUCUAACCGUGGAUACCUUAAUGCUGAGUUUCUACAAGGCAUGAAUGCAGGGCUGGUAAGCAGACUGUUCCUGCUGCAAUUCUCUCUGCAAGCUUGAGAGAGCCAGGGGGAGAGCACCAAGCCCCGUAACCAAGGAGGAGAUGAACCAGCAGAGAAAAAGGCCAGUGUGUUAUACAGGAAUUUCUUUGUGAGCAAGAAUAUUAAAAGAAAGAAUGAAAAUCAAUUCACAAUGAAUUCAGGAGGCUCUCUGUACAUAUUUUAACUGCUUGGUAUUAUCCCAUUGAAGAGGCACUCCAGCCUCACUAAUGUACGUUGUUACACAAGCAAAGCACUCCAGCAUUGAUUUUUCUUUUACAAAGGAUUAUGAAUCAACGUGAUUUAAGCAACUGAGCAUAAUGACCAGCCCUGUAAGUUGAGCCAAGCACAGGAACUUUCUGGACUGAAGCAGUUUGUAUCAGCUCUUUUAAUUACAUUUGAA